UAUAGGCAAGCAUCUCACUGACCUUUGGCUUUAUACCUUGGAGUUUCAAGAGUCUUUAAGUACUCCCGAGAUUUCGACCUAUUAAAGGAAGGCAAGAAGAACUAAAAGAGGUGAUUGAACGUUUUAAGAAAGAUGAGCACUUAGAAAAAGCCUUCAAGUCCUUGACGUCAGGUGACUGGGCCCGGCACUAUUUUCUUAACAAGAACAAAAUGCAGGAAAGGUUGUUCAAGGAACAUGUAUUUAUUUAUUUACGAAUGUUUGCAACUGACAGUGGGUUUGAGAUCCUGCCUUGUAAUCGGUAUUCUUCAGAGCAAAAUGGAGCCAAAAUUGUUGCAACGAAAGAAUGGAAACGAAAUGAUAAAAUAGAAUUACUUGUGGGCUGCAUUGCUGAACUAUCAGAAAUGGAAGAAAACAUGCUGCUGAGACAUGGGGAAAAUGACUUCAGCGUCAUGUAUUCCACACGAAAAAACUGUGCACAACUGUGGCUUGGUCCUGCUGCAUUUAUCAAUCAUGAUUGCAGACCUAACUGUAAGUUUGUAUCAACGGGCAGAGAUACGGCAUGUGUGAAAGCUCUAAGAGAUAUUGAACCUGGAGAAGAAAUCUCUUGUUACUAUGGAGAUGGGUUUUUUGGAGAAAAUAAUGAAUACUGCGAAUGUUACACCUGUGAAAGACGUGGAACUGGUGCUUUUAAAUCAAGAGUGGGAUUACCAGCACCUACUCCUGUGAUUAAUAGUAAAUAUGGACUGAGAGAAACAGAUAAACGAUUGAACAGGCUUAAAAAGUUGGGUGACAGCAGCAAGAAUUCAGACAGCCAGUCUGUCAGCUCUAACACUGAUGCAGAUACCACUCAGGAAAAAGGUAAUGCAACUAACAGAAAAUCUUCAAUUGGCGUUAAAAAGAACAGCAAAAAUAGAACGUUAACCAGACAGUCUAUAUCAAGAAUUCCAGCAUCAUCAAAUUCUACCUCAUCUAAACUAACUCAUAUAAAUAAUUCCAGGGUACCAAAGAGACUGAAAAAGCCUGCAAAGCCUUUACUUUCAAAGAUAAAGUUGAGAAAUCAGUGCAAAAGGCCAGAGCAAAAGAAUGCCUCUAGAAAGCUUGAAAUGGGAAAUUUAGUUCUCAAAGAGCCUAAAGUAGUUUUGUAUAAAAACUUGCCCAUUAAAAAGGAUAAAGAAUUGGAGGGACCAGUCAAAGUUGCAGUCUCUAGCGGAUGCUUAACGAGGCACGCAGCGAGAGAACAUAAACUGAAUUCUGUGAAAGGUGCUCAUGAGCAUGGUGAUAUUCCACCCUGCACAUACAUAACAAGGAGGUCGAUGAGAACAAGGAUGAGUUUGAAGGAGACCUCUGACACAAAGCUUGAACCAAAUACGUUGGAUAGCUAUAAGAAUAAUUUGACUGGAACACAAUCGGACGUUGUAGAGCAGCAGUCUCGUGCGGGAAACGAAAACGAGGUGGCUCAUGGACCAUCACAUAAAGGGGAGGGGAGGUGCCAGAAAAAUGAUGCAGGCACAUCAAAAAAGAAAUCUCGACAAGGAAAGCUUGUGAAAACAUCUUCAAAAACAGAGGAAAUUGAUACUAUGCACAACACAGCUGUGAAAGACAAAGUACCAGAUUUGAUUAGUUCUCAUUCAGAACUUGAAGAGAGGAAUAAUGUGGUGGACACACCUGUUGGCUUUAAAGACUGCAUCCCUGGAUCUGGUGGCUGCUCUGUAACAACUGACAAUUUUAAAGCAAAAGACAGCUUUAGAACUGCAAAAAGUAAAAAGAAAAGACGAAUCACAAGGUAUGAUGCACAACUUAUCCUUGAAAAUAGCUCUGGGAUCCCUAAACUGACUCUUCGUAGGCGCCAUGAUAGCAGUAGCAAGACAAAUGAUCAAGAAAGUGAUGGAAUGAAUUCUUCAAAAAUAAGCAUCAAAUUAAGUAAAGACCAUGAAAAGGAUAAUAACUUAUAUGUAGCAAAGCUAAAUAAUGGGUUUAACUCAGGAUCAGGCAAUAGUUCAACAAAAUUAAAAAUACAGCUAAAACGAGAGGAAGAAAACAGAGGGACAUACCCUGAGGACCUUCAUGAAAAUGGUAUGUGUUGUAGUGAAACUCUGUCCGUUUUGGAGUCAAGAAUGGAAGUAGAUGAUUAUGGUCACUAUGAAGAGGAAACAGCAGAUGAAUCUUCAUCAGAAGAGGACGAUGAAGAGGAAGAUGAUUAUGAUGAUGAGUUUGAUGACUUUAUUCCUCUUCCUCCAGCGAAGAGAUUAAGGCUUAUUGUUGGCAAGGAUUCAAUAGAUAUUGAUAUUUCUUCCAGGAGGAGAGAAGAUCAGUCUUUAAGGCUCAAUGCAUAAGCUUAUAGGUCUUAAACUGACCUGGAUGUCAUUUUUAAAAAAAAAUAUAAAAAAUAAAAUUAAAAAAUAAUAAUAAUUAAAAAAAAAAACAACAAAAAUUCCAUUUGAUUAUUCCUCAACUAAAGAACUUUCUGAAAAACUUAGUGGCAGCACUUCUUUAUUCACCUGUCAACGUAAUAUUGUAGAAAGUGUACAGCAUCCUGACUCUUCUUAAGUCUGAUUUGUGCAGAUUUUUAUUGUACUUUUUAAUAGCCUUCUUAUGUGCAAUUCCGAGUUAGAGGUAAUGCUCUGUUGUAAAAUAAAGGCUCAAGCAAAGUUAUGAAAUUGCAUCAGAUCUUUCCAUGCAGGACAAUGAGAAUACAGUGUGGCUACAGAAUUAUUUUUGAUCGGUAAGAGCGUUAGUUUGCUCUUACGCUAUUUGACUAAACAAUUUACAAAAUCAUAGUAGCAGCAUAUUAAGGUUUUCUAGUAUAUGUUAAUAUCACCAGCAAUGAUCUACAGCUUUCCAGUUUAUUUGCUAGAUGGUUUUUUCCCCCCUUGGAGUUUGUCAGUUUUAACACUGUAUGCUGUCCCAGACGUACUGUUUGUGGCCUUUGUUAUAGUAGCAAACCGUUGGUUGGAAGUCAAAUUGAUUUCUUUAAAAAAGAGAAAAAAAUAUGAAAAGGUGUUGACAAUUUGCUGACUUUUUAGUACAUUAUAUGUACAAGGGUAGCAGUAUGCAGAAUAAAAGUUUGGAUAUGGUGUAUUUAUUGCUUGUUACGUAAAUUAAACACCUUGUAUUUAACACUUUUCAAUACUUUUAGAUAAAAUUGUUCUUUGCAAGAAUGAUUGGUGCUUAUUUUUUCAAGAAUUUGCUGUGAAAUAAUGUGAUUACGACGGGCAACAUUUAUCCAAUGAACUGCAGCUAUCCUAAAUUGGUUCUUCAUAUUUUUCUGUUGCACUUGUAAAAUGCUACAAGGAAUUUAAAGAAAAUCUAUUCACUUUAACUUAUGAUAGUUUUAUCAAAUUAAAAACAACUAAGUCACAGCUUUUGUUCUGUGGUAACCUAUAAAUUGUUUGUCUUUUAAGAACCAGUUGUAAAAGACUGAAAAAAUAUGUAUAUGUUGUAAAUAUUUGUGUGUUGUGAGAAAUUUUGUCAUAUGAAAUUGAGAUAACUUACCAGAAGGGUUUUUAAGUUUAGAAAUACAUCCAUGCCAAUAAAAUAGGAAACUGUAAACCUAGUUUUAAACUCUGCAUCAGUUGGAGUUCUUUGCUCAUACAUAGUUCACAUAAUACUUCAGAGUCUGCUUUAUAACAAUGAAGAGCAUCAGGGCGAUCUUUGGCUCUUUGGUUUUUAAUAAAAGAAUGUUAGGAAACCUCUGGGCA